GUUGACUUCGAGUCUAUUUUACUAGAUGCAGUAAGGAAAGAUUAUUCGGUAACCUUCAACAUGACUUCUGUGUCUGGAAAUAAGGACAGGGCUGCUGUGUCAGCCAGAAACCGAAAAUAUGGGAUGACAGAGGCUUUAUCUCCGGCCAAGUCAGCCUCCUUCUCUCCGGAGACCUGGUAUAGGAAAGCUUACGAAGAAUCCCGAACCGGGAACCGUCCAGCCCCCGAAGGAGCUGGCUCAGUCCCGGGCUCGUCUGGAACCCCGUCCCCAGGGUCUGGCACUUCUUCCCCGGGAUCAUUUACCGGCUCCCCCGGCCCCACUUCCCCGGGAAUUGGAACAGGCUCCCCUGGAUCUUUGGGUGGGUCACCCGGGUUUGGGACUGGAUCGCCCGGCUCUGGCAGCGGUAGCUCCCCUGGAUCAGACCGAGGGAUCUGGUGCGAGAACUGUAAUGCAAGGCUGGUGGAGUUAAAAGGACAGGCGCUCAAAUUACUGAUCCCAGGACCCUUCUCUAGCAAGGACCCUUCAUUCUCUGCCCUAAUUCACGACAAGCUCCAAGUCCCCAACACCUCCCGCAAGGCCUGGAACGAGAAGGACAGUCGCUGUGAUGUCUGCGCCACCCACCUGAACCAGCUGAAGCAGGAGGCCAUUCAAAUGGUGCUGACGCUAGAGCAGGCUGCCGCCCUGGAGCAGCGCGACAGCUCGCCAGGGUCGUCCCCUCCCUCCAACAUGCCCUCACUAGGGGGCUCCCGCAGCAUGGGCGGCCUGCAGGGACCUCGGGACUGGUCCUUCAUCCCAGCCACCUACACCAGCCCUGGCUACAUGAGCUCUCUGCCCGGCAAGCACUCCAGCAAACCCAACAGCCUGGGCAUCGAGAAGAAGAACGGAGCCCCCGGGCAUGCUGGGAAAGCUAGCAGCCCAGGCAACGGCAACAUCCUGGCCUCGGGCCCCAUUCAGGCACACCAGUAUCUGGACGGGACCUGGUCCAUGUCAAGAGCCAAUGGGGUGACCCUUUACCCUUAUCAAAUUUCUCAAGUGGUGACAGAGAACUGCCGGGAGGGCUUGAGCGAGGCUGUUCUGAACCGGUACAAUGCAGACAGGCCCUCGCUGAACAGCUUCUCCGGCUUACAGAAUACCUACAUCUCCAGUGUGCCCGCCAGUGUGCCCGCCAGUGUGCCCUCCAGUGUGCCCGCCAGAGUGCCCACCAGUGUGCCCUCCAGUGGGACCUCCGCUGCGGCCUCCUUCUUGGCCAGAGCUGCCCAGAAGUUGAAUCUGUCCUCCAAAAAGAAGAAACAUCGUCCAUCUCCAUCCUAUGUGUGUGACCCCCCUCUCUUCCCCACCAACUUCAGUGCGAUUCUGCAGAGCUCUCCCCCGCCAGCGCCACCAUGCCUGCUGCGAGCCGUAAACAAAAUCAAGGACAACCCAGGACUGGGAAAGGUGAAAGUCAUGCUGCGAAUCUGCCCAGCCCCAGCAGGAGUCACCUCAGAGUCCAGUUCCUUCUUGAAAGUCGACCCCCGUAAAAAGCAGAUCACCCUGUUUGACCCAGCCACCAACACCCCUCAGAAUACUACGCAGAAGCGGGGCAGCCAGGUGCCACCGAAGAUGUUCGCCUUUGAUGCUGUCUUCCCACAUGAUGCCUCGCAGGCUGAAGUGAGCGCCGGCACGGUGGCAGAGGUCAUCCAGUCCGUGGUGGACGGGGCGGACGGCUGUGUGUUCUGCUUCGGACACACCAAGCUCGGAAAGUCAUAUACCAUGAUGGGAAAAGAUGACUCCAUGCAGACCCUUGGAAUCAUCCCCUGCUCCAUAUCCUGGCUGUUCAGGCUGAUAAACGAGAGGAAGGAGAAGACUGGUGCACGCUUUUCAGUCCGAGCCUCUGCUGUCGAGGUCUGGGGGAAAGACGAAAAGCUCAAGGACCUGCUUUCAGAGGUGGCUACAGGCAGUCUCCAGGACGGCCAGUCUCCAGGAGUCUAUCUCUGUGAAGACCCCAUCUGUGGCAUGCAGCUUCAGAACCAGAGUGAGCUCCGAGCCCCCACUGCGGAGAAGGCAGCUUUCUUCCUCGACGCCGCCAUUGCCUCCCGCCGCAGCAGCAAGCCAGACUGCGACGAAGAGGAGCAGCGCAACUCACACAUGCUCUUCACCCUGCACGUUUACCAGUACCGCAUGGACAAGAGCGGCAAGGGAGGCAUGUCUGGGGGGCGCAGCCGCCUGCACCUCAUCGACCUGGGCAGCUGUGUGAAGGUGCUGGGCAAGAGCCGGGACAGUGGGGCUGGACUGUGCCUCUCACUGUCAGCACUGGGGAACGUGAUCCUCGCCCUCGUCAAUGGCAGCAAGCACAUCCCAUACAAGGACAGCAAGCUCACUAUGCUGCUUCGUGAGUCUCUGGGAAACAUGAACUGCCGCACUACCAUGAUUGCACACAUCUCAGCAAUCGCCAGCAACUUUGCAGAGACACUUUCCACGGUCCAGAUUGCAUCCCGAGUGCUGAGGAUGAAGAAGAAGAAGACUAAGUAUACUUCCAGCUCUUCUGGUGGUGAGAGUUCCUGUGAGGAAGGGAGAAUACGCCGGCCUACCCAGCUGAGGACAUUCCACUCGAGGAACGUGGUCGACGCUGACCUCCCUCUCCUGCACCUGUCUAGCGAUCCCGACUACUCGUCCAGCAGCGAGCAGUCCUGCGAUACUGUCAUCUACGUGGGCCCCAACGGCUCUGCCCUGUCAGACAAGGAACUGACCGACAACGAAGGGCCUCCGGAUUCCGUGCCCAUAAUCCCCUCUCUGCAGAAAAACAAGUGUGAGCCAGAGAAGCAGCAGCCACAAGAAGAAAAGGCUGAGAAUGCAGCCGGCAAGGACUGCCUGAAAUGCAACACCUUUGCGGAACUGCAGGAGAGGCUAGAGUGCAUUGAUGGCAGUGAGGAGGUCAGCAAAUUCCCCUUUGAAGAGGUUCCUGCACAAUAUACUGCAAACCUGUUGCCAAAGUAUGAGCCAGUGCAAACCCAAGGGGCAGGGCCUCAGGUGGUAUCAGAAGCUCACAUAACUGAACAGCAGCAGAUGAAAGAGUCUGUGGAGAAUGGCAAUGUUGCCCAAAGCAAUGUCCAGAGCAUGUCUGCCAUCAUCUGUCCCAAUGGAAACCAUUCUGAUUUAUCCUCAAGCAGGAGCAUCACAGGAAGUUGCAGCAUGCAGGCUAGCUCCCUACAGAGGGCUCAGAGUUCCACCCUGUACAGCAGCAAGGAAUCUCUGACCACUAAUAGCUCUGGAGAAACAAAACCAAGGCCAAUGGGCUCUCCCAGACUAGGCAUUGCCAGCCUAACCAAGACAUCUGAGUACAAGCCUCCCUCUUCCCCAUCUCAGAGAUGUAAGGUGUACACACAGAAGGGAGUACUGCCUUGUCCAGCCCCACUGCCACCCCAUAGUCUGGGCAAGGAAAAUGGUAAAUCCUCUACCGAGUCUUUGCUGGAGCCUGAAGUCAGGACUUCCCCUGUGGGUAUGAGCCCCCAGGUCAUAAAGAAGUGUGCUGCUCCCAUAAGUGGAAGUUCUACUGAGACAACCUUCUCAGAAAAUCAGCAGUCUCAGCCUGAGACCAAGAAGGAGGUCAACAGUACCACCACAGUAACAGUUCAGCAGCCCCUGGAGCUGAAUGGGGAAGACGAGCUGGUGUUCACGUUGGUUGAAGAGCUGACAAUCGGUAUGCUGGAAAAUGGACGCCCCACGAGCAUAAUCAGCUUUAACAGCGACUGCUCAGUCCAGGCCAUGGCCUCUGGCUCACGGCCUGUCAGUAUCAUCAGUAGCAUCAGUGAAGACCCUGAGAGCUACAACAGUGCUGCCACUUCCACCACUGCUACCAUUUCUGAUGUCAGCACCACACAGUUCCUGCCAGUGCCCAAAGGUGAAGGGGAAGCCUUGACCACAAAUAGCAGCCGUUCCUCCAUCAGCUCCUGGCUCAGUGAGAGGAGCACUGGCAGUGAUGGAGAGCAGUCCUGUUAUAGCUUUGUUGCCCAGCCAUGGUAUGGGCAAGGGGAGUCCCUAGCAGAACCUCAUCUGACCGAUUUCCCAGAAGAAAUUCAGGACGAAUGCCUUCUCUACCUGAACGGGGGAAAGAACUCAGUUGCUGACAACCUAUUUGCUGUAGCAGAAAAGGCUGCUGUGAAGAGCUGUCCCAACAAGGCUUCUCCACUAAGAAACUGUCAAUUAUCAACUUUGGGCAAAACUACAGUCACCAUCUCUAAUGUUUCAAGCUUGGGUGUCUCAGAUGGCUACAUGCCCAUCAAGACCAACGUCACUGUUCAUCCCUGCAUUGCAGUCAACACAAGGGUCCUGCAGGAUCUCACUCAAGUCAUCCCAGCCAUUAACAUCCCUCAAACUGUGGAUAAUAAGGUGGCAGUAGUUCCUAUCUCCAAUUACAUCAAGUUUGAUGAUCCCUGGCUUAAAAGAGAUGAGGACACAAAUGCUAUAGAAGUUAUAUGCAAGGCCAAACAAGAAAAAAGGUCCUCUGAUCCAAUAAAGGUGUGGAACUCGGCUGACCGAUUCAGUUCCAGUAGUGGGGAGGCAGCCAACUCCCCUGUAUAUUCUGACAGCCUGAGGAGGGUGGUGGAUGGGUGCGAGAUGACCUUGUCCAGUUCUGGUAGCCAGAGUCCUAUUUAUUCCUAUGAGGUCCUCAGGACAGGAAGCCUUCCCAGGGGAUGGCACCGCUUGAACAGACAAGAGGAUCCUGAAGAUACCUCCCUUGGGUUCAUGGGUGCUGAGUGUAGUGGUAUAGGGGCUGCCUCCUCAACUCCUUGCAGCCCAAGGGCCACUCUGGAAAGGAGAGCAGCUUCAGCCAAGCAUUGCAUUCUUGCCAAGCCAAAAGGAAUUCCACCUUUGCCUCCAGUUAGAAAAUCCAGCCUGGACCAGAGGAACAGAGCAAGCCCUCUGCACAACACAAGCAGCAGCUGCAGUAGCAGCCAGAACCAAACACUCUCACUCAUGGGCAGCCUUCCUGAUGAUCUGGGCAGCUGUGGGAAGCUGAAAGGGCCCAACAUUGAAAGCAGCAGCAAGCUCUUCAGUGCCAAGCUGGAGCAACUUGCUAACCGGACCAACUCCCUGGGAAGGUCUCAUACCGGGCACUACAACUGCCUGUCCUUGGAGAGGGCUGAAAGCCUGACUUCGGUUGGAUCAAAGAGCAUCUUUGGAAGGGACAGCACCAUGCCCAGGGCUGGCCGGAGCUUGAGUCGUGCCUCCGUGUCCUCACCCACUGGUCCCAGUGGUGGCAGCGCCACCCCUCAGUCGCCCAAGGCAACCCAGUCCAAGAUCUCAGCUGUCAGUAAGCUUCUCCUAGCCAGCCCCAAAGCCAGAAUCAUGUCAGCUUCCAGCACCAAAACACUGAGCCUUUCCACCAAAUCCCUCCCUCAGUCUGUCAACAGAAGCUCCAGCCUACCACCCAAUGGCAAAAAUCAGAUAUCCUGGUCCACCCAGUCCCUGUGCAGGAACCGGGGCUCAGGACUGGUUUCCAAACUGCCACUGAGAGCUGUGAACGGACGGAUCUCGGAGCUACUUCAGGGAAGUGGUGCAUCUCGUGCCAGCCAUGUUCGAGGAGCAUCGGACUCCGAGGAGAGAGGAGGGCUUCCUGGAGACGAGAAGCCUGUUGUUCAUACUCUGCCUUCCCCCUACAGCAAGAUCACAGCCCCACGCAAGCCUCACCGCUGCAGCAGCGGCCAUGGCAGUGACAACAGCAGUGUUCUAAGUGGGGAGCUCCCUCCAGCCAUGGGUAAAACUGCCUUGUUCUACCACAGCGGGGGCAGCAGUGGCUAUGAGAGCAUGAUUCGGGACAGUGAGGCAACAGGAAGUGCCUCGUCUGCCCAGGACUCCAUGAGCGAGAACAGCAGCUCAGUUAGUGGCCGAAGAAGCCUCAAAAACCAGAAGAAAAGAAAUAAUACCGGGACUCAGAGGCGUCGCUUGAUCCCGACUCUAUCCCUCGAUGCAGCCUCACCAGUCCGGAAGCCUGCCAACAGCCCUGGGGUACGCUGGGUAGACGGGCCACUGCGACCUGCACAGAGAGGUUCGACCGAACCCUUUGAGAUCAAAGUAUAUGAAAUAGAUGACGUGGAACGACUCCAGAAGAGGAGAGGGGCAGGCAACCGGGAGGUGGUAUACUUCAGUGCCAAGCUGAAGAUUCUGGAGAACAGACAGCAGAGAAUCGCUGAGGUUCGAGCCAGAUACGACUGGCUUAAGAAGGAACUAGAGGCAACCAAACAGCACCUGAUGCUUGAACCUGAGAAAUGGACCAGCGAAUUUGAUGUGCAGCAGACAUUCGAAGUGGAUUCCCUGGAGUAUCUGGAAGCCCUGGAGUGCGUUACGGAGCGUCUCGAGAGUCGCGUCAACUUUUGCAAGGAACAUCUCAUGAUGAUUACGUGCUUCGAUGUCACUUCCAGGCGCCAAUGAGGGGAUGGAAAGCAGGAAUGCAUAGAGCGAGUACGAAGAGUGGAAUUACUGGGACAGAAGAAAGAUGUGAGUGAGCUGAGGAUGUAGAAUCUCUGGCAAGACUGAACUAGUUUUUGAGUUAAUUGCAUUGUGGAUGAUGGCCUGCAAAUAGAAGCCUCCAAACAAAGAACAAAUUAAAAUAAGGACUACAAGUGCCUUAUCAAGAUUUCAAUAUCCAAACAUUUCCGUAUUUGUGUGUAGAUGGUGCUAUCUUAAAAAAAAAAAAAAAAAAAAAAAUAUUGCGGUUUGUUUCACUUGGUGUUUUAUCCUCCUUCUGACUUGCUGUUUCUCAGUAGUUUGUAUUUAUAUUUGUAUUGUUAUAUACUAGUCAGAACACAGUAUAUUAACUGUUAAGUGCUUUCUUUUUUACAUUUUAACUGUUAAAACGCAAGGCCACUCAGAGUCAAUGUGCAGUUUCGGAAACUGAUCCCCUGCUCUUCAAGGGAAGCAGAAUCGGGCUUGAUCAGCCAUAAAGGAGAUAGAGGGAUGGAAAAACAAACAAGCGGAGCAUUUGACCAUCUUAUUUUAUUGAAUUGUUUUAUUUUGAAAUGAGUUGUGCAUUGGAGGAAGAACGAAUCAAACUUGAGACUCAUGCAAUAAGUCAGAACAAGGUCCAGCACUUGGCAUGCUGCAUGUUUCAGUCAGCAUUGACCAUCGCAAGCCGACACAAAUCUAACAAUCGCUGUAUAUAAAUAAAAAACAAAAGAUGUUUUAAAUUUAAAACAAUAUUGGUCAUUUCAAAAUGGGUCUGUAUUGGUUCCAUCAGUGGUUCCCUUUUUAAAAAGCGGAUGAGAGCUUAGGAAAAGGGCAGUUAACUUCAUUACCUUUGUCACUGUUUUCAGGACCCCCUUCUUCCCUUUGCAAGUAGCAUGCAAAGGCUGACCCUGAUUGCUCUGCAGAUGCAACACUUAGGGUUUUAUUGAUCCACAGAGGUACUUUAAUCUCCAAUCAAACACAUAUUCUCAAACAAGCCAGUGUAGGUAGUCACUGUAUAAACUAGAAGCAAACUGCAGCAACAAUUCAUGUAAACCCUCCCUUUUCUUUGCAAUACAGUUCAUUUGAGUUGUGAGAUGUACACUUAGCUUACUCAAAUGGCUGCUAAUUGCACUGAACAUUACGCAAUGCAACAGUAUUUGAAAGGCACAUGCAUAUCCUUCUCUCUUUCCAAAGCAGCAUCAGAAAAUACAUUGGCUUUGUGUGGUCUUACUCAGUGGUGCAUACACUUUAUUAAUACAGUAAUCCGUGGCAUAUCUGACUGCGGUGGGAGUACAGGUGGAUAUGUGAAAGUGAAUCCUGUUUUAAAUACCAUUAUACACAGCUGGAACAAUUAUUAUAUUCACACAAGUAUUCUUUUGAGAAUCUGCUUUUAUUAGGGAGCUAAAGCCCUUGUUUAGAAAGAUACAGGGUAUUAAUGCUUGUGACAGAGUAGCUGAGUGGGUGCGUGCAGUCACUGAUGAGUGACAGGGAGGAAAUCGAGACGGAGGUUGAAGUUCAUACGCCUUGCAGGUGAACAGGAUUUAUUUACAUAUCAACCCACUGAACAGC